CAGCAGUACUGGAGGGAUCCCUGACAGUUAGAAGCCUUUAUAAACCUUGAAUCCACUACAAGUUUGCAUUUCCAGGAAGCAGGAAAAUUCUCUACAACAAAAGUGUGAUCAAAUUAAGAUCCACGUCUGUAGCACAAUACAGUACACAAUAUGAGCUUGGUUCAUUUUCAGUGAUGAGGCCCUGUACCCCAUUUACAGCUUAUACUUCAUUGUAUCAGGUGGAGUUAUUCACCAGCUAUAGAGUGAGUUGUUGUUUAUGUUUCUAAGACUGCAGGGUGGGAGAUGCAACAAUGUCCUUGAGAACAGCAGGAAGUGUGUUGGUGGUCUUUCUCUGGUCUGUAGCAGUGGUACUGGGUCAGGAUGUCUGGAGUGUGACAUACUCCACUCAGAGUAUCUGUACCUUGAAGGGGUCAUCAGUGGAUCUGUUCUGCUUGUACACAUAUCCCAGUGGUACAGUCACAACAACCUUCUGGUUCACUAAAAUUGUAAAUCUGAGAGACGACCCAGACUACAAAGGUCGUGUGACGUACCGUAGUGAUAGGAUGAAUGUCCACACCCUGAAAAUCACAGACCUGAGGGAGAGGGACUCAGCUGAGUACAAGUUCAGAUUUAUAACAGAUCAGACUGGAGAGAAAUAUACUGGUGAUCCUGGAGUCACUCUGUCUGUUACAGACCUGCAGGUGAAGGUGACCACUACAUGGUGGUUAAUGACACUGACCUGUAGCACCACCUGUACUCUGACUGGUAACCCCACCUACAUCUGGUACAGGAACAGUACGAUUGUACAAGGAGCCUCCUCCCCCUCAUACUCAUUGUACUUGAAAACUGAAGACAGCUUCUACUGUGCUGUAAAAGACAUCAAUUCUCCUGCAGUGUACGGCCCAAAGAACACCUCAGUGUCAGUCAGUCCCUCUGGUGAAAUAGUGGAGGGCAGUUCAGUGACUCUGACCUGCAGCAGUGAUGCCAACCCACCUGUGGACAAAUACACCUGGUACAAGAAGAACGUAACCUCACCAAAAGCAUCAGGACAGAGUUACAGCAUCACUAACAUCCUCUCUGAGGACAGAGGAGAAUAUUACUGUGAGGCCCAGAAUACAAUAGGAUCUAAGAUCUCUACAGCUCAGAUGAUCAUUGUAACAGGGAAACAAACCUCAGUUCUGACUGCAGCUGUAGGAAUCACAGUGUUUAUUCUGGUUCUCAUCCUCUUUCUCCCUUGCUUCAUGUGGUUCAGGAGAUCCAUAGGAGGAAGUGAUGUCACAGCAGACACACAGAGUGUCCAUCCUGAUCCUAACAGUGAGACGUACACAGCUCUGAACAUGAAGACUAGGUCACCAGAGUAUGACACCCUGGCAAAUUUGAGGGACUCGUCCUUGAGGGACACAGUCCCUCAGAUAGAUGCUGAGCCCUCAGAUUAUGAGAACUGAAGAGAACGACCACAUAACCUGGACUGAAGAGAUCCACCACAGAACCUGGACUGAAGAGAACCACCACAUAACCUGGACUGAAGAGAACCACCACAGAACCUGGACUGAAGAGAACCACCACAGAACCUGGACUGAAGAGACUCACCACAGAACCUGGAUGAAGAGCUUCAGCACCAAACCAAAGCUAGGAUUUACACCUCUAUUCUCCUGCUAUCAUACUGCUAUCAUAUGUAGAAGGCUUUCCAGAUAAUGAGCUUUAACAUUUUAGAAAAUCAUGUCAUUAUUUUUUAUUUUCUUGCAAAGUUAAGGAAUGGGAAACUCUCCUCUCAACCUUGUCUUAUCACUCCAAAGGGAAACUCUCCUCUCAACCUUGUCUUAUCACUCCAAAGGGAAACUCUCCUCUCAACCUUGUCUUAUCACUCCAAAGGGAAACUCUCCUCUCAACCUUGUCUUAUCACUCCAAAGGGAAACUCUCCUCUCAACCUUGUCUUAUCACUCCAUUCCUAGUCAAUUGUACAACUGAAUGCAUUCAACUGAAAUGUGUCUUCCGCAUUUAACCCAACCCCUCUGAAUCAGAGCGAUGCGGGGGGCUGCCAUAAUCGACAUCCUCAUCUCCGGUGCCCGGUGAACAAUGGGUUAACUGCUCAGGGGCAGUAAGACAUAUUUUUGUAGUUAUGCUUAUUGGUGACAUGUCAAGAAGUUUCUCCCAAGCUUUAACUUCUGAGUAAAUGCUGGAGUUGAAUUCUCUUUCCUUGUAAUGAUAAUUGUGUAUAUUGAAGAGAAAUAAGAUCGAUUAUACUUCUGCUCUUUUUCAAUGAGAUUUGACCAUUUGUAGAUUCUCUGUAACACGUAAAGCUUUUCUGUUUACUCUCUGUAGAUUAAUAUUAUACUUCUGCUCUUUUUCAGUGAGAUUUGACCAUUUGUAGAUUCUCUGUAACACAUAAAGCUUUUCUGUUUACUCUCUGUAGAUUAAUAUUAUACUUCUGCUCUUUUUCAAUGGGAUUUGACCAUUUGUAGAUUUUCUGUAACACAUAAAGCUUUUCUGUUUACUCUCUGUAGAUUAAUAUUAUACUUCUGCUCUUUUUCUAUGAGAUUUGACCAUUUGUAGAUUUUCUGUAACACAUAAAGCUUUUCUGUUUACUCUCUGUAGAUUAAUAUUAUACUUCUGCUCUUUUCUAUGGGAUUUGACCAUUUGUAGAUUCUCUGUAACACAUAAAGCUUUUCUGUUUACUCUCUGUAGAUUAAUAUUAUACUUCUGCUCUUUUUCUAUGGGAUUUGACCAUUUGUAGAUUCUCUGUAACACAUAAAGCUUUUCUGUUUACUCUCUGUAGAUUAAUAUUAUACUUCUGCUCUUUUUCUAUGGGAUUUGACCAUUUGUAGAUUUUCUGUAACACAUAAAGCUUUUAUGUUUACUCUCUGUAGAUUAAUAUUAUACUUCUGCUCUUUUUCUAUGGGAUUUGCCUUUUCCAGAUUUUUAUACCAAAAAUAGGCCGGCAUUUCUCAGUGACUAAUAUUGAUAACAGCUUUUUAUUACUUCUAGCUCUUGGACCAGGUUACUCCUAAUUAUUUACUUUGUAUUCCUGUCAGACAUUAUUGCACAUUUUAUAUUCAUUAUUAUAGAUACAUUAAAUAUGUUUACCUUUGCAGGUUUUACAAUUUGGUUUGGUGUCAAUACAGUAUAGGUGCAAUGUUGUAAAUAAGCUCAACGUUCAAGAUAAUAAAUACAUUCAUUAGUUCAUUAACUAUUAAUACAUUGAUUCAUAACUAUUUCCACUCUGCUGUUGUUUCUUGUAUUUCUGCCUAUUAGACACGUCACCAUUGAACAGAACAACACCCAGCACUGAUCCUCACCAGUUACAUUCGCUUACGCACGCUAGUGGUGCGCGGGUCAGCUGUUUGUUAACCCGCAAUCGUCCACAACUAAUAACCCAUCUGCAACCGCCCGACUGUGAUAAAGUGAAACUCUGAGGCCUUCACCCAAACCUAACUCUAAGAUAUAGAAAAUGCACUCUAGGCUACAGUCAAAGAUGGCAGAAUACAUUUAUUUGUAUUUUUUUUGACGGAGUGGCUGAUAUUUUUUUUGCCUGAUUUAAUUAUGUUUCUGCCUUUAAUUUCUGACGUUUUGGUAGGCUAUUUGUUAGUCAACUUGUCUAUAAUUUCUAGAUAUACGUAGUUUCUCUUUUGUCAUGUUGCCCUAGAAGACUAAAGCCUAAACAGAAUAAUGUAAUUGAUCAAUAGAAGGAACGCUUCAAUCUAGGUGACAUCUAAAGUUUAGGGACUGGGGAGAAACUACAAUAACGCAAAAAACAGGAAAGAUAUUCUGUGAAAAAUGUCCAAAUGACAUCAGUUUGACCAGUUGUAAGGAAAAAGAGAGCUGUGACAACAUAGUAUAGACAGGCUGUACUACCAGACCCCACCACAGGGGGCAUAGUAAAGACAAGCUGCACUACCAGAACCCACCACAGGGUGCAUAUAAUAUACACACUGUACUACCAAACCCCACCACAGGGGAUAGAGUAUAGACAGGCUGUACUACCAGACCCCACCACAGGGGCAUAGUAAAGACAAGCUGCACUACCAGACCCCAUCACAGGGGGCAUAGUAAAGACAAGCUGCACUACCAGACCCCAUCACAGGGGGCAUAGUAAAGACAAGCUGCACUACCAGACCCCAUC